UGGAAUAGAGGCGCAUCUGCAUGGCGGGUGUGUUGGGACACGCGUCAUUCUAUUACAAUUAAAUUAAGUACGUUCUGCCUGUGCAAUUUAAGAUGUACGUUCGUGUCCGUUUGGGUAAGAUUUUUUACUUUGCUUCGCCAUACCGCUCGGUGUCCUUAUUCAGUAGAUAAGUGGUGGGGUGUGAUUAACCGGAGAUGAUCAGCUGUAAAAAAAAAAAAAAAAAAAAAAAACAGACCGUCGGUUAUAACGGCUAUUCUUUUCUUAAAUCGCUAGCGUAAACACAGACCUACUUCGUUUCCUAAGGAAUCUGGGAUAAAUAACGUAAAUUUACUGUCACAUUCGGCACGCUAGUUGUUUAGCCUGUCUAGCCUACUCCUCAUUGGAACAAUGGAUCUUUAAAGCCCGCUACAUCUGACGGAAAAGGGUGUGGGCAAGCAAAAAGUUAUAUUAAGCUGUAUUAUUUUAAUAAGUAGCACAUUUAAGUUCGAACGAGUUAUAAUGUGUCUACUGAUUAAAAUAUUACUAUAAGGGAAUAUAUAACAAAAAUCAACAAAUAUAAGCCAUUAUUAAUAGAUAUAUGGGUUUUUCUAAUAUGCAUAUGAUUAAGCGUACAUUCAUCAGAACGUUCAUUGGCACAUGAGAACGUUAAUGUUAAUAAAUAAUACGCAAGGCUUGUUCAUGCCACCAGAGUAUUUAUAUAUUUGGCACAGGAGAACGUUCACAUUCCAUUCAAGCAGACUGCAGCCCCAACUACCGAGCACAAACUGCGCCUUCUAGCGGACUGAUACCCCCACUGAGGACCAAACAACUUGAUGUCUUUUCUGUUAACUAGGCUAUUUGUAGCCAUUGGGUCAUUCUCAUCUGUUAGGUGCUGAACAGGCCUAUUGACAAAUAGAAGUGAGUUUAGAGUCAAGGAUGGAACAAGUGGAGCAGUUGAGAGGAGAGAGCCCCCAGCUCGCAUCCAUCCAGUCAGGUGCCUCUGGGGCUACAAUAGAAGAGGGAAAUCCUGGAACCAGCACCCGGAGGAAGCGCAGAAAGAGAGAGCCCCGACCGGAGUCCAUUAUCGUGUACCGCUCCGACAUGGAGAGAGAUGAUGGAGAGGAGUGUGGAGGCAACAUAGAAGGACCAGAGAGAAGCUCAGAGGAAGGGGUCAGAUUUCUCACAGCCCCAAGUGAAGAGGGCUGGAGCCUACCUCCCGAUAGUCGCUAUGUGACACUAACAGGCACCAUCACACGUGGGAAGAAGAAAGGUCAGAUGGUGGACAUUCAUGUCACGCUAACGGAAAAGGAGCUGCAGGAGAUGGCCAAGUCCAAAGAGCGGCUGGAUGCUGAGUGUGAGGCAGGAGGAGGAGCCAAGCGACCAUGCCGUUUCGGGGUCUGCCAGGGGCCGCAUGUGGUGUUGUGGACCCUCUCCUGCAUCCCUGUGGUUUUCGUCCUCUCCUUCAUAGCCUCAUUUUACUAUGGCACACUCACGUGGUACAACGUCUUCCUGGUGUACAAUGAGGAGAGGACGUUUUGGCACAAGGUCACCAUCUGCCCCUGUCUCAUUGUCUUCUACCCUGCACUCAUCAUGGUCAUGUCAUUGUCCCUGGCGCUGUACUCAGCUGUGGUGCAGGUGUCCUGGGCAUUUAGCGAGUGGUGGGGGUCUGCGAAAGACCUGGAGAAGGGAUUCUGUGGCUGGGCCUGUGGGAAGCUGGGGCUGGAGGACUGCUCUCCAUAUAGCAUUGUGGAGCUGCUCGACUCAGAUACUAUCUCUGGAAGUCUGCAGGGGAAGACUCUAGGUGAGAGUGUGCAGACUUCCUCUGUGUGAGAACCUGUCUCAUGCAACAGCUUUGUGCUGGUAUAUAAGACUUGGUAAUUAGUCCCCAGUGUUGACUGAGUGUUUUUUAGGAGUGUAAACUUUGUUUCACCACAAUAUAAUUUCCAUACUUUCAAGGUAAAGGCUCAAUAUUUGUUAAUUAAUAUUUUGUAAUUAAUCAUUUGAAGGGAUCAGUAUUUUACAGUAAUAUUUUACAUAUGAAAUGUUAGUAAUAUGUGGCAGUACAGUUCCAUCAAGUAAUAUAUAUGAUAAAUACUUCCAUUAAAUAAAUGUUACAUUUUUUUAUUUCAAUACAGAGUAAACUAAAAUUGGAUUGAAGAAAAUCAGUCUUCUAAAAUAAAAUGCAUCCCUAGAUUAUUACUUUUAAUUGUUGAUUUCAACCACAAAGCAAUGGGGAACAGACAUUUUAUGGUCUUAAACAUUUUUAUGUUUCAUGACCCUUAUUUAGGCCAGUCCUCUUUCUCUGUGUAGUCAUUUUUAAGUUAAAAUUAAAGAUUUUUUUAGAGUUAAACACUUUUUCUUUAACAAGUUAUUUCUAAUUGCCUUUUAAACUAUGUAUUUAAGCUAUUUAUUAUGUUUUUCUGAUAUUUAUUUGAAUAGAUUGUAUGUCUAUCUGGAUUAUUUACUUUUUUUAGUCUACACCAGCUAAAAAGGGAGGAAAUGGCCUUUGAUAAUCCCUGCACACUAUAUAAAGCCAUAUACCAGAUAUCCCUUGUGGGUUAAAAUUGAAAACACUUUUAUGAGGAACUCUGUGAGUAGUAUUGUUAAUUAUUUUUUUAGUCAAUGGUUGGUAUAUGUAUAUGUAUAUGUAUUUUUAGACAAAAUUAUUAAAAUCUGUUUUUUGCACAGUAUUUUUUGAAAAAUGCAAAUAACACCACCAUGACGAUAUGCCAGUUAUGCCUAAUCUUACUAAGUACAGCACAGAUGGUUUAAACUAACAUUUUGACAUGUAUCUCAUUAGACAAUAAAGCCAUUUAUAAUUAGAA